AUGUUGUGCUCCGUCAUUAUCCCACUAUAUAACAAGGAACAAUAUAUCGUCUCGGCGAUCGCCUCUGUGAUGUCGCAAAGCCACCAGGAUUUUGAAAUUGUGGUCGUCGACGAUGGCUCGCGCGAUGGCGGCGCCGCUCUCGUGGAAGCGAUGGACGAUCCGCGCAUACGCUUGAUCCGACAAGCGAAUGGAGGCGUGUCACGCGCGCGCAACGUGGGUAUCGCGGCCUCGCGAGGAGAGCUGGUUUGCUUCCUCGACGCCGAUGAUUGGUAUGCUGCAGAUUUUUUAUUGGCAAUUGUUUCCAUGUACCAAAAGUAUCCGGAAAACAGUUUUUUUUCUACAUCAUUUUUAUGCAUGAACGAUCCAUCCGAUGGCCUGCUCGACCAGGUUGCCGAUGCGCGGUUUGAGCCGAUUAAGAAUUUCUAUGCCUACCGGGCAGCCCACGGAGUGUUCUAUUGCACUAACUCGAUUGCCGUGCCGCGCCGCCAUUUAAUGUCCAUGUCUCAAUGUUUUCCCGAAGGCGAUCAGUUUGGCGAGGACCAGGAUUUAUGGUUCCGCCUGGCCGAGCGCCUGCAGCUGGUCUUCACGCCUGCCAGACUUGUAGCAUAUCGCACGGAUGUGGCUGGCAGCCUGUGUGCCGUGCAUGACUUGCGCACCUUGCCACAGGUAUUUUUUCGGUUGGAGCAGCGCGCCCUGAGCUUGCCUGCCGGCGACCCAUCGCGCCCGGGCGCCUUGAGCAUCGUCGCCGAUGCGCGCAUCAAGGUGGCGCGCUAUGCUUUGCAGGAUGGGCGCCGUGGCGAUGCCUUGGUGGAAUUAUGCAAGGCAUUGCGCGGCGGCAUGUCGAUGCGCUGGCUGGUGACUUUCGUCAUGUGUACCGCUGGCAACGCUUCUUUGCUAAAACGGUGGGAAUUGUGGCGCGAAUUGAAGCAGAGCAACUAA